AUGUCUUCAUCAGUCGGUUCAAUUUACACCUACCCAGGCAGCUACAGAGCUAUCAGAUGCCUUGCAGUGGCAGCCUACAACGAUUUGAAGGUGGACACCCCUGCCUUUGAAUUUGGCAGCACCAACAAGACUCCUGAGUACUUGGCAAAGUUCCCUUCAGGAAAGGUUCCGACAUUUGAGUCAGCCGAUAAGUCCCUUAAGCUUUCUCAAACUGCCGCCAUUUCCUGGUACCUUGCCUCUCUCAACGACUCAACUGGUCUUCUCGGCAAGUCUCCAGCCGAUGCAGCUCUCAUCCAGCAAUGGGUCAUGUUCGCUGAGACUGACAUCUUCUUCCCUGUCUCUCAGCCAGCCUACAUGAACCUCGGCUUCAUGCAGCCAAUCAAGCCAGCCAGUGACGCUGCAUUCCCUGCUUUGGAGAGAGCUCUCAACGCCCUCGAAUCCGUCCUCAAGUCUCGCACUUUCCUCGUCGGUGAGCGUAUCACCCUCGCUGACAUCACCGUUGCCUCCAUCCUCCGCUUCGCAUACUUGCACGUCAUUGACGCAUCUAUGAGGGCCAAGUACCCACACACCCUUAGACACUACAAGUCUAUCGCCCACAACCACGUCAUUAGCCCUAUCUUUGGCGAUAUCCAAUACCUCGAAAGCUACAAAUUCAGCCUCUUCAUCUGCCGUGGUGAAGAUUAUCUGAGCCUCAUUAAGGCUGCUCCUGACUGGGAAUCAUACGCAUACAGCCCUCUUGACUUGAACAAUGCGGACGAUAAGGCAUUCUUCGAGGGUGUCAUGGCAUGGGAUCUCGUCAGCAAUGGCAAGGAGUGUGUAGAUGGCAAAAUCUUGAAAUAA